UCAACUGUCUGUUUAUACAUAAGCAAACAUCAUCCUGGGGAUGGACAAAGUUCCUUAGAUCCCCAUUUGAUCACCAUCUUGGAUCACCAUCCGAUAAUAUUUUAUUACUGGGUUGAACAUUUAUAAAGCGCUCAAUGAAGGUUCUUCAGCUCUAGCCAACGGGAUUCUGUAAACUUUUCCUGUUGUAACGUUACACAUAGUCAAACUGUGGAUUCACAGAUAGCCAGUAAAGCUAGCUGGCUAAGUCUUCCAGAGGAUUUACUGAUAUCAAAUUUGGCAGCAUCCAGAUCCUGUAAAUGGGGAACAGUGCGCUCAAAGCUCAUUUGGAAACAUCUGAGAAGACUGGAGUCUUUCAGCUGACUGGAAAGGGUUUGACAGAGUUCCCAGAGGAGCUGCAGAAACUCACCGGAAACCUGCGGACUGUCGAUCUGUCCAACAACAAAAUCGAGGUGCUUCCAGCAUUCAUAGGAGUCUUCCAGCAGCUCAAGAGUCUCACCAUAAGCAGCAAUAAACUGACCAGUCUACCAAACGACAUCGGGAAACUCAAGAAGCUGGAGACUCUUAUUUUAAAUGGGAACCAGUUGAAUCAGCUUCCUUCAUCGGUGGGUCAGCUCAAGUCCUUGCGCACCCUAAGCCUCUCUGGGAAUUACUUCAAGGAGUUUCCUAGUGGACUCGGCACCCUUCGCCAGCUCGAUGUGCUGGACCUGUCCAAGAAUAAGAUCCAGGUGGUUCCUGCAGAAGUGGCCGAACUGCAAGCCAUUGAAAUCAACCUCAAUCAGAACCAGAUUUCGACCCUGUCUCCAGAGGUGUCUCGUGCUCCCAGACUGAAGGUCUUACGGCUGGAGGAGAACUGUCUGGAGCUCUCCUCUAUCCCACCCUCCAUCCUCUCAGACUCUCAGGUGUCCCUGCUGUCCGUGGAGGGCAACUUAUUCGAAGUUAAAACGUUGCGUGACCUAGAAGGAUAUGAUAAAUACAUGGAACGUUUCACUGCAACCAAAAAGAAAUUUGCGUGAACAGUCAGAGGCUUGCUGCAGAUGUCCUCGGAUCUGGGCUUACCGUAGAAAGGUUUCAGCUGAGACUGCUUGUGAAAACAGCGGGAUGAGAAUGGAAAAAUGGUCAAGACUGCUUCACAACUCGGUAGAAUGAUGGCUCAGAAACCUCAGCCCUGCUGCUCAUCACAUUACAAUACAGUCAGCAGUGUAUGGACCUUGCAUCAUUCUUUCUUUUGCAAAGAUUUUAUUAACCGAAAUAUAAUGCAGACUCGGGUUCAUGAGGACAUUUAUACUGGAGAAUGGUUUGUUCUGUAUAUCCAGGUGCACUAAUGCCACGUCUGUUUAUAGAACAUCCUUCUUUCAGAGAACUAACUAAAAUAUUAUACGUCAUGUAACCUUGUUUCUAUUGCUGAGCAUUUAUUGAUUCAUUUAUUUUGAUUGAGCUGUGGUCUCAAAACUUCCAUCAAGUGAUAUUUAUGAAGCAGCCAUUUUUUUUUUCUGACAACAAAGGCUGCAUAUGAGUUUCAGUGUUGAUUACGGUCCAUGAAAUGCCAGUCGAUAUUUAUAUUUAUAACACAACAUUCAGUUUUAAUUCAGUGCACUUUGCUUUUAUACAUUCUGCAUGUUUUCUUACCACAAAAGUGUGUAACUCAAAAAGCAUUUUAGUGAAGGAUUAUGUAUUUUCAUGCAGUUUUUGAGAUCUAAAUCUAUUGUUCUUUAUGGUCAUGUCUAUGUUUGCAUCUAUCUUUUGCACACUUGAAUGGCAUCUCAUUUGUUUAAAGCGAUAGUUUAUUAAAAAAUUAAAAUCCUGUUAACAUUUACUCAGCCUAAA